AUGUGCGCGGACCCGAAGUACUGCAAGGUGACGGUGCACCCAGCGGCGUCGCCGCCUCGGAUGCGUCGCCAAACUGUCGGCGACGAAGGUCUUCCGGCCAUCCGCAACCGGCCGUACAAGCGCGCGCCCCCGCCAGUGCCGCCUUACAAGGCGCACGCCGCAGCUGUCUAUGACAACGUCGAGGAGCUGGUUCAGAAUGACGACGCGGCCGACAUCGCCGUACUAAGCGAGGACGAGCCGAUCUCUCGCCGCCGUGCGCACACCACGUCGUCGCUAUCGUCGUCAGUGCGUCUGUCAAACAUCCUGAACCCGUUGUCGCGCAUGACGAUGCGCUGGACGGAGCACUUUGCGGACUCGCCCAACAAGAUGACCGAGUCCUCCACGACCAGUGUGUCCUCCUCGCCGAAUGUACUGGACACUCCGCCACCGCUUAUGACACCGCCGCCUAUGAUGGACCUGGCUAACUCGUUCCUCGACGUGGACACCGACGGUAGCGAUGACAUCCUGCGACCGACACCGACGUUCGAGGACAUCAACAGUCUCAUGGCUGGCACGCCCCCGAUCCCCGCAGGACUCACGCUGGACAUGCUGCCGACUGAGUACGAGACGCCUCCGAUCCCGUCACACGUGCGCGACGUGCUCAUCUUCAACCAGAACCAACAGCGUGGUAUGUCGCCGUUGGCCAUUGAUCAGAGCGACGACGAGUUCGAAAGCGAGAGCGAGAUCGAAGACGACGACGCCAGCAGCGCCACGACGGAUGACUACGGCGAGGACCCCACGAACCGAUCGGUGGACAUCGACAGCAUUCGUCAGACACGCUCCCAAGCUCUGGCCAACUUCGAGGCUUCGCUCAUUCGCCGUAUCCCGCGCUCGCGCACCACGGAAGUACCGAGGAAAGUUGGAGGCUCGGCCCGUAACAUUCGCGGCAUGAGCUCGCCGCCUCGUAUGAUGAGCCAAGUCAUUCGUCGCAACGUUACAGUACCCGACGGUGGCGCCGCCGCUGCUGCGGGAGCUGCUGCACCUGGGUCUCGCCAGCUCAUCAAUGAGCCUUCCUCAGUGCCAAUGUACCACGGACAGGAGCUGCACCUGGCAUUCAAGACGACCACUGGCCAGAUCACCCAAGUGCAAGGACAUUCGAAGAGACGAGGAGUUGGCCACAAGAACCCUUUCUCGCGGCGUGUGCGUUGCUACGGUAUUCAGCCUUACGAUCAGUUGGAGGACGCAGAUACCCUCCGUAUCAUUGGGCACACCACAGAUGGGUUACUUCGCGGCGGAGACUGCAUCUCGCUGGCCCGCACCGACGGUACAGUGCUGCGUAUGCAGAAGAUCUCCAAGAAGCUUACCUUCAGCAACAAGAUUGACGUACGCGCCAAGUUUGUCAUCACUGGUGUCCCCGACCGCACACCUGUAACCUCAACGUCCAAGUUCUACCUGCAGAGUGUGUACGAUCGCAAGAGGACAGUGGGUUUCUUGCCGUCUCGGCGCGAAAGCCACCCGGGCUGCCUUGCCAUGUACGUCCACCGCAACGUGGACGACAAGGUCGAGCCGAUCCAGUUUUUCAAGCGCCACCCGGGCCACAGCCUGGCGUUCUGGCACAACCCACAGCAAUGGGUGUAA